AUGGCGGGCGAGGCCCGUGCGGGUGGGGACGCCGCGCUGCGCCGCCUCCUGAGGCUGCACCGCACGGAGAUCGCGGUGGCGGUGGACAGCGCCUUCCCGCUGCUGCACGCGCUGGCCGACCACGAAGUGGUCCCCGAGGACAAGUUCCAGGUGGGCCCCAAUCCAGACCAACAACGCCCCAGCCUUCCCCAAGCCCGCGCCCAGGAGCCCGCAGGGUCGCAGAAGACCGGGGUACCUGGGGAGGGCAAGGCAGGACCCCCAUCCCCUGCUUUGCUUCAGGAGACCCUGCGGCUGAAGGAGAAGGAGGGCUGCUCCCAGGCCUUCCACGCGCUCCUCUCCUGGCUUCUGACCCGGGACACGGCCGUCAUCCUGGACUUCUGGAGGGUUCUCUUCAAGGACUACAACCUGGAGAGAUAUGCCAGGCUGCAGCCCAUCCUCGACAGCUUCCCCAAAGAUGUGGACCUCAGCCAGCCCCGGAAGGCAAGGAAGCCCCUGGCCAGCUCCAAGGCCGCUGUGCUGCUGCCCAGGCCCCCUGCCAAGAGGAAGGCCCUGGAGGAGCCGCGGGCCACCCCGCCCACAGCCCUGUCCCCGAGGGCCACCUCCAGCCCAGGCUCCCAGGCCAAGGCCAAGCCCUCCAAGAAGCCGGACAGCAAUGCAGAGCCACAGUGCCUCCCGCUGGGCAAUGGAAUCCAGAGCAUGUCCACUUCGGUCCAGAGAGCCGUGGCCGUGUCGUCCGGGGACGUCCCAGGGGCCCACGGGGCCCUGGAGGGAAUCCUUAUCCAGCAGGUGUUCGGCUCAGCUGGCUCCAAGAAGUGCAUCCAGGUUGGGGGGGAGUUUUACACUCCCAGCAAGUUUGAAGAGCCUGGCAGCGGCGGCGGCAGCAGCACCAAGAACAAGACCCGCAGUGGGGGCGGCGGCCUGAAGACCGUGGUCCGAGCCAAGGGGCCCCAAGCGGUUGCCCCUGGUGGAGGCAAUUCGAGGACCGGCCAGCAGGACAGGGCCCCAGCCCCUCCUGCCCUUCCCAGUGAGCCCCAGCCGCACCAGAAGAACGAGGACGAGUGCGCCGUGUGCCGGGACGGCGGGGAGCUCAUCUGCUGUGACGGCUGUCCCCGGGCCUUCCAUCUGGCCUGCCUGUCCCCGCCACUCAGGGACAUCCCCAGCGGGACCUGGAGGUGCUCCAGCUGCCUCCAGGGACGAUCCCAGCAGGACCUGCCCCGGGCUGAGGCGCCCCGGCCCCAGGAGCCGCCUGCAGAGACCCCGGUCCUCUUGGGACUGAGGUCAGCCGGAGAGGAGGCUAGGGGACUGCCCAGGGAGCCCCCAGCGGGAAUGGAUGCUGCUGUCACCUACAAGCACCUGCUGGCCCCACCUUCCGCAGUCCCCCUUCCUGUGCUGGACCCCUCAGCCCUGCGCCCCCUACUGUGUGUGGGCCCUGAGGGGCCACAGGGCCCAGCGUCCGGCGCGCGAUGCGGCGUGUGCGGGGACGGCGCGGACGUGCUGCGGUGCGCACACUGCGCCGCCGCCUUCCACUGGCGCUGCCACUUCCCGGCGGGCGCCGCCCGGCCUGGGUGAGAGCGGGGGCCAGGGAGGGGGAAGGGGAGGGGCGAGGGAGGGCGGGUGCCCCCCGCCCCGCCACCGCUCCGCGAACCACCCUCUAGAGUGGACGCUCCCAGCUCUGCGCAGCCCCGCAGCCUCUUCUCUCUCGCCAGGGCCUCCCCGCGCUGUAGAUUCUGCUCCGGAGACCCCGCCCCCUGCCACGCCCCCGGGGCGGGAGCGCCGGCCUCUAGCCCCGCCCCCAGCCCCGCCCGCCCGGCUCCCGGGACCCCCAAGCUCUGUGCAGCCGCGGGCCCUGCGGCGCAGGCGGGGGAUGAUUCUGCUGGUCACGAGCCUGUUCUGCACAAGGAUGACCUAGAGUCCCUCCUGAGUGAGCACCCCUUCGACGGCAUCCUGCAGUGGGCCAUCCAGAGCAUGUCCCGCCCGCUGGCCGAGGCGCCCACCUUCCCCUCCUGAUGGGCCACCCACCGCGCUCUGAAAGGAACAGAGGGGUCAUGCACCCUCCCCUGGCAGCUGGCCCGGUUGGGACCAGGAACGGCGAGUUCCAAGGGCUGUCCCCUCUCGCUGGUCAGCAGCCCUGUCUGUGGGCUGAAAGCCAUCGUGUGCGCGGAAAUUAAAGUCGCUUCCGUGGGCUUGACGUGC